ACGUUUUCUUUGUUUUUUCGCAGUCGCACCAACGGCAUUUAAUUUUCCUUGUUCUUCUUCCUUUGUCAUUAACGUAUCCUGUGGUUCCAGAGUCCCUGUCCUUUCCAUUUCCUUUUAAAUAUAUUUUUAAUGCUCAUCCCUAUCCCCCAGUCCUAACAGUUUCAAAUUGUAUUGCAAUAAAAUGUUUUGAAUUCUUCACAUAUAACCUAUCUACCUUCGUUGGUACUGUUGGUAGCCAGUGACACAUCUAGGCAGCUGGAUGGAGUUCCGGAAUGGGUACGGUGAAAACACGCCCAAAUUCAUCGACUUUCAAUCACCCCGGAUUAUCGGUUUUAUUGUCGAGGGUGACAUUUCCCGGAGAUGGUCGCGUCACAGCUGCGUUAGAGUCGCGCUGAUCUGUGGCUGAGUCAGUGAGUACCUCCGGGUCGCUGAUGACUCGAGUCGCCGCGCUCCUUCGCCACUGGAACCGGUUUUGGAUGCUUAAAUAAGCGGCUGGCCCGGAUGGCGGCAACAGUCGUCUCGAAGUGGUGAACACAUUCAGACAGUGACCUAACGCACAUCAGACAACAUGAAGCUGGUUAUUCUCCUCUCGGUGGUGGCCCUGGCAGCCGCGGCCCCUCAGGACUUGGUGGAGAGUGAGGAGCCUGAGAUUCGCAUUCUGAACCAGUACUACAACCAGGACGGCAAAGGCAACUACGAGUACGGAUACGAACAGGACAACGGACAGAAGGUGGAGGAGGUGGGUCGCAGCUACCCCGGCGACGAACCGGAGACCGGCUCCAUCAGCAAGGAGGGCAGCUUCGAGUUCUUCGCUCCCAACCAGCAGAAAUACCGCGUCGACUACCUGGCCGACGAGGGCGGCUUCCAGCCGGAGGGCGAGCACCUGCCCCGGAAGCCCGACCAGAUCCCCGAGUACGCUGCGCUGCGCCAGGCGCACCCUGAACUAUUCGUCGGCGCCUUCUGGCUCAACAACUAACCACCGACAGCCGAUAGAACGACGGAGCGGCUCGUGACAGCGCCGCUCGCGGCUGGGAAUAUUCAGGAACGACGUCGCGGUGACGUCACACGGUUAUCCGGCAGGUGUGACGUCACACGGGGGUGCAGAGGUCAAGGGAAGGACAGGCGGAGAGAUGGGUGCAGUUUGGGUGUGCACUGCCGUCCAGACCGGCAAUCUGGGGUGGUAAGAUGGAGAAAGGGAUGCCGUCGUGUGUACUGCGUUUCAGUAUGGCGAGCUGGAGAGUUUAGUGGCAUUACAAAACAUGGUAUCUGCUGCCUGGGCUGAUACUACUCUCAAUUGCGUGUAAUUUAUGACUCAAUAUACUUUCGCGACACA